AUGCCGGUGAUCGAGGCUGCAACCUUGGAAAACGUGUCCACCAUCACAGACACGUUUCUUGCUUGCUUCAAUGAUGAAUAUUUUGCCGAAUUGUUCCCACCUACCGAAGUUGGUGUGAAAUAUCUUCAUGAUGCCUGGACUGCAUUCAUCAACGACGAGUCAGUAGGAGUAUUCAUGAUCAAAGAUGAGCAAGGUAAUGCCGCCUCUGUCAUGUUGUUUUUUGAACAGCCCGGUGGAAAACCACCAACAAGUUGGACUGCGCGAUGGCCAGGACCCCGAGAGGGAAUGAAUGGCCCGAUGAUGGAGGAAUUUUUCCGCGACAUGGACGGGCAACAUCAUAUUCUCAUGGGCGAUAAACAGCAUACUUAUGUCGAACUAGUCUUGACACUUCCAUCCCAUCAGCGCCGAGGAUACGCCACGAAGCUGAUAAACCAUGUUGUCGAGUUAGUUGGGGAGACACAGCCACUAUACCUCGACUCACGCCCAUACACGGUCAAGAUUUAUGAACAACUUGGCUUUGUUAGACAAGACUGCCAAAUGGGGGGAGAAAUGGUCCCUAUGGUCAAGCCUCCAAGUCGGGUUGAUUCUGUUUAG